AUUUCCUCCGGUUUUAAUGUAUCCCGUUGCAGAACAAUUCCGCAUGUCUAGAAUAAUCCAUUCAGAAGUGUACACUUGAUUAUACAGUAUUUCCAACACAUCAAUUUACCAAGCACAAAUUCAGGCCCCGGCAAGCGGACUUUAGGGAGACUGGGGAAUGCCGUUGGCUGUACCCCCUAGGUAAUGCAGUAAUCUACCUUUCGCACGCAACAGCAGUCGAGCAACUCGUGAUCUUAGUUUGUGCUUUUGCAUCGAAAACGUUCAGCUGCCUACCAUGUAUGCAAGCCAAGCAACGAGCUAGUACAUGCCAUUUUGAGCUACUUUUUGGGAGACGUUGUAAUUAUGACUGAUACUUUUCAGCACUCCUCACCUGAAAGUCUGUUUAGCCAAAAGUUUACGAGUGUUAGUUAUGUCAUUAAACAGUAUAAUAUAUUUAAAGAAGCACCUUGUGCCCCGCUAAGACCGCUUUACAACCCCGCUACCGCAAUCUUUACUCAACCACAUAUCCAUAAUCCAAUAAACAGCUUGAGUCUUGACUAUGUCCAAGCCAGCAAUUUUGUUGGUAACAAAAAGAUGACGCUUCAGGAUGGAGAAGAGGUGGAACUCCGCCCGACAGUGCAUCCACUCAAGAUCUUUGACCUCGCCAAGUCCCAAGGUCGAUAUGUCUUCGCCUGCGCACCGAUGGUGCGUUACAGCAAGCUCGCCUUCCGCCAGGUGGUCCACCACUAUGGGACGGACCUUUGCUGGACGCCCAUGAUACUGGCCAAGGAGUUCAACCGUAGCUCCAUCGCGCGGGACAGCGACCUGACCGUGUCCACCUCCUCUGGCAACGGCAACGGCGAAGGCCAGCAGCAGCAGUGGCAGCAGCAGCAGCCCCUGACCAUCGUGCAGUUCGGCGCCAACUCACCCCUGGAGCUCUCCCGGGCCGCCAGCCUGGCCGCGCCCUACGUCAGCGGCGUGGACCUGAACUGCGGCUGCCCGCAGUCCUGGGCGUGCUCCGAGACGCUGGGGGCGGCGCUAAUGGAGCGGCGGGAGCUGGUCCGGGAGCUGGUGACGGAGACGCGGGCGCGGCUGCGGAGCGACGGCUGGGCCGUGGACCUCGAGGCUUCGGCCGACGAUCCGCGGGGCCGCAGUGUGAGCGUCAAGAUCCGGGUGCACAAGGACCUGCGCAAGACCAUGGACUUCAUCACCACGGUGCUGGGGGGCGCGAGCGGCGGCGGGCGCCGCAACAUCGACUGGCUGACGAUCCACGGGCGGACGCGGAGCACGCCGUCGAGCGCGGCGGUCAACGUCGAGGCGCUGGAGAUCCUGACCGAGAAGUUCGGGCGGGACGUGCCGAUCCUGGCCAACGGGGACGUGUUCACGCUCGGCACGCUGCCAUAUACGAGCCAUCUCGUGGAGUUGCCGACAUUCACUUCUUCUUCAGACGACGAAUCUGGACCGAGGGCGACGACGACGACGACGAACAAGAAAGUGCCGAACAUACCCAACCUGCGCGGUCUCAUGUCGGCACGUGCACUUCUGGCCAACCCGGCGCUCUUCGCGGGGCACGAAACAUGUCCCUGGGAGGCCGUGGACCUGUUCCUGGAGAAGGUGGCGAGGGCGCCGCUGCCCUUGAAGCUGGCCGUGCACCACCUGGGCGAGAUGACGGGGCCCGGGUAUGGGCCCGACAAGAAAGCGCUGCUGAGCAAGAGGGAGAGGAUGAGGCUGGUCGAGUGCUCAAACUGGAUAGACGUGCUGGAAACGCUGGAGGAGCUCAGGAGAGACAAGGGGUGAAUGAGCACUCUUGCCACGAAAUGGUAAUAAUAGAACGUAAAAACACGGAACACAAUUACCUAAGAGAUGGCAUAAACCACAUGUUUGCAACAUACAGGAGCACAGAGAUUCCGGGGACACG